ACGAGUGCUAACCUCCAUGGCUGGGACAUAGUGUUUGGAUCCACAAGAAGCGGGCUUUGCGCAAGAAACGGGACUGCCACUUCAACUUUCUCAGCGAUCUCAAGCGGCUUCCAAAGAGAAGCCAUAGAAUUUCGGCGGCAAUGAAGCAAUGGCGUGACGAAGACGCGCUUGGUUAUUGGGCUAAACUCAAUAUUGUGGAGCUCGCAGUGCUCACGCUGUUUCCUUGGCUGGUUGGAGUUCUUGUGAGCUACUUGUUCGCGUCAACGUACCAUGGCAUGCCACUCUCUGUGUGGCUCAUCGUUUUGUCUUUGCUUGCUGUAUGCGUGUGGCACAUUCGUCAUUAUCCUGGGGAUCGUCAGUGGCAAUUAGUUUUGCCGGUCUCUUGCAUAGCCGGAGUAUUAGUUUCUUGUAUCCUUGGGUUGGUUGCUUACCGAACUUUCUAUUCAAUAUAUUGGAUGUACCAUGAUAGCCAUGCCUAUGCCAACGUGUUGCCUUCUGAACCAGCAGCCGGAUACUUGGAUGCCGGAAAGCUGGUAUUUGCGGAGGAGGCCCAUCUUGAUGUGGCCAGAGGCAUGAGCUUCAAGGAUGGUACGACCUAUUGUGUCGCUCCAGUCAUCGACGCCAGUGGCGGCCCAAUCCAAUUUUGGGCUGCAGGCACUGACUGUUGUAGCAGAGGCACCUUUGAGUGCGACGAUGCCUGGGAUGAGAAAGCACAUGCUGGGCUCGUUUUGCAAGCUAAUCAGCAGCAUAUCCUGGCAGUAAAGCAGGCAGUAGCGGCCUACAGGUUAACCACUGCAAAGAGACCCAUCUUUGUCCAAUGGGUAGUCGAUCCUGAGAAGGUGGAGCUGAAUUAUUGGAUGUUGGGCAACGGCAUUCUGGUUGGCUCCUGCCUCAUCAGCUUGGUCAUCUCCUCUCUUUUGACUUUGCUCCUGCUCCUCUUGAACGAGUCAGCUGCCAGACGCGCCGAGAGGACAAAUCACAGCGCUGAGUGCUCUACAGAUGUGUCACAUCGCGUCAACGUCACAGCUGUGGAGUGCUAGUCCUUGCAGCUGUGAAGUUUCAGAUUGGAGGCGACAAACGCGUGCUACCACGAUAGCUGAGUCCUCUCAUCGUGGCCUAUUUGGUUG